UUAACAGCAAGUGUUCCGUUGCAGGAUGACAGCAUCCCUCAGAUCUCUGCUUGAAGAGGAAUGCUUUCUCUCAUGGAUCCCCCCUUUCUUCCCCCUAAAGGCACAGCUGGGCCUUUCACUGUAAGGCUUUUCUAAGGGAGUUUCUGCCACUGACUCACACGCCUGACUAAUGCUUUGGAUCGCUGCGGCAGCUCCCGGCUGUGGCUGCAGGUCAUGUUUGCAGGGAGGGCAGACUGUCCUCUGAGCUCUGCUGCUCAUCCCAAGGUACAUGGAGUGUGCUGCUUCCCAGGCACCAGGCUUUACUGGGGACAAACAGAAAAAGAAAAAUGUUUGCUACUUCUUUCAGUGAGUAGCGGUCUUCUCUUCCAGUUAAAGGAGCAAAUCUGGUGUGAAAAUUACAGCUGAGUGUUAAUAAGCUCGGCCUUACUUUCUUUUGGGUUGUGGAGAGAGGGCAUUGGAUGUAGUACAGGUUAUGCCACGACCAGAUGGAGUUUGGCCUUGCUGCAUUUCUCCACAACCACACCCAUGACACAUUCACCAGAGGGUUCUUCCUGCUGCAAGGCCUGCGAUGCAGGCUGGAUGCUGCCCGCUGUAGUCACUCACUGGAAUCUAGCACUCGAGUUCAGUAGGUUUUCUUUCUUAUGUGUGCUUACAGAGGUGCAUCUAUCGCAGAGGGCGGCAAACUUUUGGGAGAGAAAAAUGGAGGCUAAAAUGAUCAGUUCCCCUCCUGUCUCCACCAUUCCAUAGCUGUCCGAGGAAUCCUGCAGCUGCUUGUACUGUAAUGGGGUGCAAGGAGAAGCACUGCAUCAGGGACUGUGUAUGAAUCACCUAAUCAAAAAAACGACAAACAACAGGAAACUUUAUCACCGACCUGCUGUGUUCUGGCAGUGUGCCUUUGGUUACUGCUGCUGGCAGUUAGCAGGUGCUGCAGCUGCAGCUCUGUACCUUGUCACGGUGUUCCCUUUGCUGGCCGCGGUGCAGCAAGGAGCUGGCGGUGUGCAGGACAGCAGGUGUGUGCUGCAGAGGUAUGGGCGGGAGCUCACUGCUUGGUGCUGAGCUCACACCUGUAGGCAGAGCUGUGUUUCCAGCGUGUUAAUGCGUGUUGGAUUGCUGUUAUCUCUGUUCAGACAACUUUUUCAGUUAAGGUACUUUCUCUAGGAAUUGCUGUUACAAUUGGGGAAGCGCUCGAUGUUGAGUUAAGGGAAGGAUGAAAUCUGCUGCUGAUUGUUUGAUCCAGUCUUUAGAAACGGUGAUGGGUGCAGACUACUCAUGUUCCGUCUUUUGUAACUAGAUCUGCUCUGUGACUGUUGGCUAUCAAGAUGGACUUUUUUUUUCUUCAAAAAGAAGUUUUGAAUUUAGAGUCUUAAGCUGUUGCUGUUUCUCAGAAGUCCCAUCUGCCCAGGGAAGGAUACAGAAUAUAAUGUGCUUUGUCUUUGAAUGCACUGAAGGAUGAUCCUAUGUUCUGCUCUGGAAGCAGCUGCUGUGGAAGUCUCGUUGUCACUGAUCUGUGUAUCUUUGCAAGUUGAAUAGGAAAGCUUAUCAGAUUUUGUCAUUUUCCUUCCUCCUUCCCCACCAAGCAGUAGGAUUUGCACAUCUGACAGUCUCAGAGAAAAAUGACAAUUUCAGCAUUAAAGUCAAACCUUACAAAAACGCUGUUUUGUUUGGCUGGGGGAAAUUGUUCUGCUGCUCUGCACUGCAGUGUGUUGCCUUGUUUUUCUCACAGCAUAAUAAUUUAGGAGGGCAGGAACACAUUCUCUGCUGUGGAAACUGAGUGGGAAGGAGCCUUGGAAAGGAGUUUGGGGGAGUGCUUUCUGCACGGGUACGGUUCUGCAUCCAGUCUGCAAACAGGUUGAACUUGGUCUUAGAUCAUACUUCUGCUAAUAUGGUUAAGUAGGAGGACUCUCAUGGGAUGGGAGGACUGAAAGGCCAUCAAAUCCAUGCUGCAGAGCCAAGCUGCAUUAUUUACACGUAGAAACAUCUCUGGGAUGUAAAUAAACAGUAUUAGGUACUUCCUUUCUGACUUUCAGUAGCAGGGAAAAACUAAAGACCUUGAAGAAAGUUGCCUGCUGCUCCUUACUCUGCAGUAACAAUGCUGCAGAGAUGAGAUUAUAGCAAGCCCUUCCUGUGUGGCCUCCAUGGGUCCCACUCAACUCAGCACACAGGACCAUGGGAAGAGGGUGGCAAGUGUAUUUGAGAUGGAGGAGGAAGGCCUUUCAGUCUUCUCUGGCUCAGAGAACCCCCCUAAGCAUGCAGAAAACCCCCCGCUGAAGCGGAAGAAGGGCCCGGCCCCCAAGAUGCUGGGAAAUGAAGUCUGCAGUGUGUGUGGGGACAAGGCCUCGGGCUUCCACUACAACGUGCUGAGCUGUGAAGGCUGCAAAGGCUUCUUCCGCCGCAGUGUCAUCAAGGGCGCCCAGUACGUCUGCAAGAACGGCGGCAAGUGUGAGAUGGACAUGUAUAUGCGGCGCAAGUGCCAGGAGUGCCGGCUGCGCAAGUGCCAGGAGGCAGGCAUGCGGGAGCAGUAUGUUCUGUCUGAAGAGCAGAUUCGGCUGAAAAAGCUGAAGAAGCAGGAGGACGAUCAGGCGCGGACAGUUGUGGUGCGUCCAAACCCUCCACAACCACCAAGUCCUUCCCACCAGCUGACACCUGAACAGUUAAACAUGAUUGAAAAGCUUGUGGCUGCUCAACAGCAGUGCAACCAGCGCUCGUUCACUGACAGGAUCAAAGUGACGCCAUGGCCCCAAGUCCCUGACCCUAAUAACCGUGAAGCAAGGCAGCAGCGUUUUGCUCACUUUACAGAACUUGCAAUUAUCUCUGUGCAAGAGAUUGUGGACUUUGCCAAGCAACUACCUGGCUUCCGGGAGCUCACGAGGGAAGAUCAGAUUGCUUUGUUGAAGACAUCUACCAUAGAGGUGAUGUUGUUGGAGACAUCUCGGCGCUACAAUCCAGAGAUUGAGAGCAUCACUUUUCUGAAGGACCUGAGCUAUAAUCGGGAUGACUUCGCCAAAGCAGGUCUGCAGUUUGAGUUCAUUAACCCCAUCUUUGAGUUCUCAAAGGGAAUGAAUGAGCUGCAACUCAAUGAUGCUGAAUAUGCACUUUUAAUCGCCAUCAACAUUUUCUCUGCAGAUCGACCGAAUGUGCAGGACCAGUCCCUGGUGGAGAGACUACAGCACACCUAUGUGGAAGCCCUUCAUUCAUACAUUUGCAUCAAUAGACCAAAUGAUCACCUGAUGUUUCCACGGAUGUUAAUGAAGCUGGUCAGUCUUCGGACACUAAGUAGUGUUCACUCUGAACAGGUGUUUGCCCUUCGGCUGCAGGACAAGAAACUUCCUCCCCUGCUCUCAGAAAUCUGGGAUGUGCAUGAGUGACCGCAUGCUCCCAGGGCACUGAUGUGCCGACAUAACGCCGUGUCCCAGCCUUUGCUAACGAGAAGCCAGCCUCCCCUCUCCAAAGCACUGAACUCUGGGCUAGGCAGUGCAGAGAGUGACGAGCUUGGGGUUUCAAUGUUGUAAUGAGACUAUGCAGGAGGCAGCUGGGGUAGAUCAGAUGAUGGGGGUUGGUUUUGAUGUAGUGCCCACACCCCAAACGAAUAAUACGAAACAUCUGAAAACGGUAGAAAUGAAGACUCUCCACACACAUACACCUCUUUCUUCAGUCUCUUUCUCUUUUCUAAGCAUGUCCUGGGGAUUUGCUAAUCGAUCCUUUCCUCUCUCGUUGAUUAUGAAAAUGAAUUUGCAGGAAUUUGCCAAACCCUCUCUAUUGAGAGUAACCCAGCUCAAAAGGCUUAUGCAGGGUUCCCAGUGUACCUGGAUCUGAGGAGCUCAGGGAAGUCAGUGUGUAUGUUCUAGGGGUUUCACUGGGUUUCCUAUAAAUAAAAAUAUCUUCUAUGUGCUGCCCUUUGCAAGGAUUUCAAGAGAAGUAGCUGUUAUUUCCUUAUAGUGAGACUUCAUCUCUAGAGGUGCCCUUUCAUUCUGGCCUUCCUUUGGAAAGAGGAUUCCUCUGAUGUUGGAGCUAAAUGAUCUUUAAGGUCCCUUCCAACCUAGGCCAUUCUGCGAUUCUAAUGUGUAGUGCCCUUUGUCUAACAGGGAAAUCCUCUGGGUAGGGAACAUUUGUACACCAGAAAAAUGUCAGGCAUAAAGUAGAGAAUUUAUUUUUUUUUUAAUGUAAUAUAUCACAAUUCUAUCUCAUGCUCAUUUGCAGCCAGUUCUCUUUACCUUUGUCUUGCUAACAGCUGGAAAACUUCAGUUCAAAACAAAUCAGGGCAUAGAUUUUUUUCUGUCUUUAGGGGUGGAAGAGAAGAGAGAAAGGUGGGAAGGACUGGUACCUAGGCAAGGUAGGUGUGGUGGAAGGAUCUCCAAAACUUGCAAGAAUUUGGAGCAUAUGGCAUGUGUUCCAAGGUGAGUGUGAAGAUGUAUCGGCCAAGGAGAGAGGACACACUGCUCUUAGUGAAAUAUGUGGGCAUUGCACAAGCUGUGGGCUGCACAACUCUCAGAUCGUGGGCUGCAGGAAUAUUGAGUGUUACUUCCUCUGCUUGCAUCUUCUUCCUCAUGCCAAAGUCUUUCCAAGGUACUUUCUCAAAGUUCCAGUGGUUAUGAUGGGAUAUGGAGGUCCCUGCUGUAUGAGGAGUGCCAACUGCUUUAGAAGGACACUUGGGUCCUGUAUCCUUCCUUCACGUUGGGCGCAGUGAGAGCCACGCUGGAUUUAUGCCCCGCAUUCUUAAGUAUCCACAUCCAUAAGUAUUCUGGGACUUAAAGCAAUACUUGUCUGACAAGAGAAGCAUACUGUUCCAAAAUAUGUUCCUUAUUUACCAAGAAACAGCAUCUUUAGGGCUGAUCUCAGAGAUGUAACCUGAAGUAUCCUGGUAGUUUGGUCUCAUGAGUCUUCUCUGUCAUAGGGGUCUGUUUGCUUGCCUGGUGAGCAUCCCGAGAGCCUACAUUCACAUGGCUCGUGUUGGUUUUUUUGUUGGUUUGUUGUUUAUUUUUGGCUGUGUAUCUGAGCGCUAUGCCCGUGGUGAGGGUAUUGUGUCCAUUUUGCACUUGAGGUUGGUCCCUUGCCACUGGCCUUCACUCUGCACCUUUGUAAAGCACUUGUAACAAUCCGUAAAAUAAUCUGUUGUUUUUUAUAACUCAUUGCAAUUGCAAAAAAAAAAAAAAAAAAAAAAAAAUCUUGUUUAAAUCUGUAUUUUUAACUAAUCUGUUUGAGAAAUGUUAAUGUUUAUAUAAAAGAAUAAAGCCUAAUACAGGAUUUC